CAUUUCCGCCAGCAGGCACUAGUUUCUGCUUUUUUUUCCUGUGUGCGUGGUUUUUUUUCUCUAAAGAAAUUUAAUAUAUAUUUUAAACACAAAAAAUAAAUGUGUUUUGUUAUGUUGUUAAUAAUAAUCGAUUGUUCCUAAAAUAAAGAAUCGAAAAAAAAACAUAUAUUGUGAAAGCAUAUUAUAAUAGAUUUUUUGGUUGUUGGAAUUCGCUAAAUUGCCUUGUUUUAACAAUGGCCGACGCAGAAGGCAAAAGAUUAACUGAGCUUCGUGUGAUAGAUCUUAAAAAUGAACUCGAACGACGAGGCCUUGAUAAAACUGGAAAUAAAGCCGCUCUUCUAGAUCGACUUUCAAAGGUGAUUGCUGAUGAAGGUCACAAUCCUGAUGAAUAUUUGAUUGUUCCAAAUGCUGCUGUUAAUAAAUCUGGAAGGAAAAAUAGUGGUAAAAAUUUAACAAGAACAGGUGUACAGAAUCAAGAAGAACAAAUGGAUACAUCGGACAUUAAAGUCGAAAUUUCUGAAAAUUCAGAAUGUGUUGAAGAAACAGCACCGGAAAUUGCUGAUGAAGAAAUAAAAACUGAUCCAGAUAAAUCAAUUAAAGAUGAGAUUCCAGAAGAAGAGACAAAUAAGAAAGAUGUAACUCAAAAUGAGAUAAAAAUGGAAAUCAAGGAGGAAGAUUUACAAUUAAAGGAAAUGGAGGAUAAAAAACCCCAAAUAGUGAUCAAGGAAGAGAGAAAAAUUUCGAAUAAUAAAGAAUUGUCACAGAAUACAGAAUCAACUACAACCGCUGAAACCAAUGGCAUUGAUAACGAGGACUCGAUUAAUUUGACUAUUGGAGAAGAUGAAGAAAAUCUCCUAGCCGAGGAGACUGAGGCGACAGAUAGGCAGAAGGAUGGUGGAGUAGGAGAGAGGAAGAGAAUCCAAGAUAACAAGAAGGGAGACUCUAAAGGGAGCGGUAGACUGGAUGGCAGCGCCAACAACAAGGACGGGACAACGGGAUCAACUGCUGGGACCAAGAGCAAGGACGCCGGUGAAGGAGGCAAGAGCGGAGAUUCCAUCAAUAAAGGACAAAAGCGAGAUGACAAAGAUAAAAAAUCAUCACAAAAUUCAUCAAACGCGAGCAGUCGAAAUCUAUGGGUAUCGGGAUUGUCGUCAACAACUCGUGCAACUGAUUUAAAGCAAAUAUUUUCAAAAUAUGGAAAAGUAAUUGGCGCAAAAGUUGUGACAAAUGCAAGAACACCGGGCGCACGUUGUUAUGGUUAUGUGACAAUGUCAACCAGUGAGGAUGCCUCAAAAUGUAUCAGUCAUUUGCAUAGAACUGAACUUCAUGGACGUUUUAUAUCAGUUGAAAAGGCAAAGGGUGAUUCUCAACAGAGUCAUAUGCGAAAGCGAGAUUCGAAUAGCAGUAAAUCGGAGAAACCAAAGGACGAGAAAGAAAAGUUGAAAGAAAAUCAUCAGGAAACAAUUGAGAAGAAGGACAAGGAGGAGAAGAAAAAUGAAUCAGAGGAGAAAGAAAUUGGUGAUAAAAAAAUGGACGCAAAAGUGGAAGAUGGGGAAGAAAAGAAAAUAGAAAAAGACGCUGAGAAGAAGGAUGAGAAGGAAAAGGAAUUGGACGAACGUUCAAUAAAAUCAACGAGCAAAAAGCCGGAGAGCGAGAAAGGAAGACGUGACGAAAAGCGAGUUCGUUCCUUUGACAGACACAAAUCUCGUAGUCGUUCUCGUAGCAGAGAACAUCGUCGGCGCGAUGAUGUACUUACCUUCGCAAAAAUUCGAGAGGAACGAGAUAGACAAAGAUUACGCGAGAGGGAACGACUUCUUCGUGAGGAGGAGCGUCGUCGUCGCGAGGACAUGGAACGACAACGUGAAGUUGAACGUCGACAGCGUGAUGAGGCGGUGCGUCUUGAUAGAGAACGUGAAAAAUUGCGACGGGAACGCGAACGUAUUGAACAGGAGAAAGCGGAAUUAUUGCGUUUGGAACGUGAACGUCAAAAACUUGAGAGAGAAAAAUUGGAACGCGAGAGAUUGGAAUUGAAGAGACAACAAAUGCGUUUAGAGGAGAGUCGACGUGCACCACCACCGCCGACGAUUAAAAGAACGUCAAGCGAUCGACGUGAUCCACGUGAUUUGUACGCGGAACCCGAGAGAAAAAGAAUGACCACCGAACUUGGACGUAGACACAGUCCCGAAAGAGGAGUACCCGAGAGACGAUCAGAUAUUAUGGAUCGUGUUUCUGACAGACGUAUGGAAACUUCUCCAUCCACUAGAUACGAUACGAGCAGAUCAGCUCAGGAUAUUGGAUUAAAGAAGGAUUACAAAAGGAGCAGUGAAUUUUCGUCUCGUAGUAGUCGACCAGAAACAUUUACUGAUGUUUCACGAGGCAGAGAAGUAAUUGUUCGUCGUGAACCUUUACCAACUCAAACUCCAACUAUUGACCCACGACAGGUUAAAGACAGAUAUGAACGACCAAGUGCUGCGCCUUACAGUCGCGAUCGGGAUGUUCGACGAUCAGACCCAGAAUCACAUCGAAGUUCACGAGACACUCACGGUGGCCGUUAUAAUGAAAGUUCCAAACCUCCUGGAUCAAAUACACCACGUGACAGUCGAUACGUAGAUAACAGUCGUCCCGGCGGAUGGCACUCUGGACCACCUUCUGCGAAAUCUUUUAAUUCCGUCCCAAGUGGCGGUACACGUGAUCCACGCAAUGAAACUUCCAGUUGGAGCAGUCGAUCUUCCGAUAAUGUUAACAGAUGGGGCAAUUCAAAUAGUAUGGGAAGUGCGCUGAGGCAUCCUGGUCCACCAAUGUAUCAAGGAGGGCCAAUGCAAUCAAUGGGAAUGUCCGCACCAGGAGCCCCAACAUCCUAUGACCGAUUUGAUCCUUACAAAGGAUCAAUGCCUAUGCGAAAAUAUUAAAAAAAAAAAAAAAAAAUUGAAAGAAAUGAAAAAAAAAUAUCGAGAGUGAAAUUAUAUUUGAGCCUGAAGUCAGAAUUUUCCAAUUAAGAAAAUUCGCUACAAAUGCCAGUCACUAAUUUCAUAUACAUAUUAUAUAUAUAUAAACAAAUAUAUGUAAUUUUACAUAUAUAUAUAUACAUAUAUAUGUACAUUAUAACAUAUGUCAGGCAUAUACAUAUGUUAUUGGAAAAAGUUUUAAGUCACUCCAUUAAAAAGAAAAGUGAAUCUAGUAAUUUUAAGAACUACAACAUUAAUUGAUUUGCGAUAAGUUUGAUGUUAAAGAUUUUAGAAAAAGAAAAACAUCAUAAACACACACAGACACAUUAUACCAAAUUAUUUUCAGUUAUUGCAGUUUUUUUUAUAAAAUUGCCACUGAAAUAUAAUCGUAAUAGUAUUGCGAGAGAAAGAGAGAAAGAAAGAGAGAGAGAGAGAGAGA